GUCGAGAACGGCGAGAUGUGGCGGAGGCUGCUCACCACCUUUGGCUCGCAUCGCCUGAGCAACACCGUGGCAGUGGUGGACACGGCUUCCACUGCUGCACACGGUGCCGGUGCCGGUGCCGCCGCGAGGGGAAAGGCCUACUCCUAUCGUGACAUCUUGGCAGCCAGCGCUGCCGUCAGUCACAACCUCAAAACAUCCUGGCUUCCGGGUGGAAGCGAGGGGCAGGACCUGGGCCAAAAGACUGCCCCCGCAGUGGCAACACUGGUGAGGCCGUCCGUCGGGUAUGUGGUCACCAUGCUCGGCACGUGGAUGGCUGGCGGCACAUGCGUCCCUCUCAGCUCCGCGCAUACAUCGAAAGACAUCAGCUACAUCGUCGGCAACUCCGAUUCCAGCGUCCUUCUCACGCAGCCGGGCGAUGCGCCAGAGUCCUUGCUCUCAUCAUCCUCCGUUGUCACGGAAAACGACACGGCCGUGCCUGUUGUCACAUCGCCUCCCAUCCAAGAGCUCAUUCGCACUGGCGAUGAGCACCUGCUGCACAUGUUGGCCUCCUCGAAGCGCGUGGACGGCUCGCCAACCGAUGCUGGUGACUCGGGUGCGCUCAUCAUCUACACAAGCGGCACCACGGGUCGUCCAAAAGGUGUGCUGCUGACGCAUGAUAACCUGGAGCACCACGUGGGCAACCUGCUCUCGGCCUGGAGAUGGAAGCCCUCGGACUACAUCCUCAACUUCCUUCCGCUGCACCACGUGCACGGCGUGGUGAACGUGCUCCUGUGCGCGCUUGCUGCGGGCGCCACAUGCGAAAUGAUCCCCAGGUUUGAUGCGGGCGCCGUGUACAACCGCCUCCUUGAUACCACCAGGCCUGCGCCGUCCAAGUUCAUGGCGGUGCCCACCAUCUACAACCGCCUUAUCCGCGAGUACGACACGCGCACGGCCGAAGAGCAGGCCGCGUUUCGCCGCGCGUGUGAUCGCGUUGAUCUCAUGGUGAGCGGAUCCGCCGCCCUGCCAGACCCCGUCAUGCACAGGUGGCAGGAAAUCUCUGGGCACACACUGCUGGAGCGGUAUGGGAUGACUGAGAUUGGGAUGGCGCUUGGCAACCCAUAUGACGGGCCCCGUAUCCCUGGUUUCGUUGGUCGUCCCUUUAACAACGUUCGCGUCAAGAUUGUUGGUGAUGACGGCGCAUGCACGUACGACUGCCGAGCUGCGGACUUUUCUUUGGACUGGACGAAACUCGCCACCCGCCCCAGCGUUGACCGAACGCGUUUGGAAUCGCUUGGAGAAGAGCUGAAAACGUUACGCCGUCCACAGGUCACAGAUGGUAGUGACACUGUUGAAGGGGAGCUGAGGGUCUUAGGCCCGAAUGUGUUUGCCGAAUACAUCAACAACGAGGAAGCAACGCGAAAGGAGUUUGAUGAUGAAGGCUACUUCAAGACGGGUGACCGCGUGCGUUACGACCCCUCUGUUGACUCAUACGCAGUCCUUGGUCGCAUGAGCGCGGACAUAUUGAAGGUUGGCGGGUACAAGCUGUCCGCUCUGGAGAUUGAGAGGGAAUUGCUUGCGCUGUCGUUCGUGCAGGAGUGCGCAGUUGUCGGCGUUCCUGAUGAGGACAUGGGUCAGAUUGUUGGUGCCAUCAUUGUCCCGUCCACUGGUGAUGGUGAUGGUGAUGGUGAUGGUGAUGGUGAUGGUGAUGAGAUUACACUGGAGCGGUUGAACGCUGCGCUGGAGAACCGACUGACAGUUUACAAGCGCCCGCGGCUCCUUAAGGUUGUGAGCGAGAUUCCCAGAAAUGCAAUGGGAAAAGUCAACAAGAAGACCCUCGUGCAUGUGUUUGAGGAGUGAGAGAGAACGCGGGGAUGGUUGAGCGAUACACAUGCAAACACCCGGAGUGUUUGCUGUCAAUCACAUUGCUUCGCAGCCUUGAACUGUUACACUGGAUUACCAAUGUGGCUGGCGAAGCUUGGUUUGUUUAAUGUUGGAGCGUUGUGUUACUGCUAUCUUCAAUCAACAAGAACAAUCAAGAUGUGCAUUCAUUCAUCAAAGCGAUCCGCGAAC